AACGAAGACCCAAUGCAGCCAAAAAUAAAAACAAACAAACAAAAAAAUAAAUUUAUAAAAAAUAAAAAGUUAAUCUGUGCAAAUUCAUCUGCAACAAAACAUGACCCGAAUGACGCGAGGUCAUUUAUGGUCUUCAUUUAUUUUACUUAGUGUACUUUUCAAACAUUUUUCUACGGGCACAUUAAGAUGCGGCUUGGGAGGUGUUACGUACCAUAUUACUUUUCUAAAAUAUGCAAAUUCCUGGAUUCCAAACACGUCUGGCCCAGGAGUUUCAAAUAAGGGAUUAUGGUCCAAAUUAAAUAUGAUGCAAACAUUGAUUCAAGGAAUGGACAUAGUAGAGCGUCUGACUUCCCAAAAUCUGAUUUGGACUAAUAUAGAUUACAUGAUAUAGUCAGUAAAAAAGCAAUCAUGCAAAUCAUUAAGCCAGUAUUUAUUGAACGUUCAUGGGAUAAGUAACAUGGCACCGUGUAAAGGAAGCAUUCACCAGUGAGUACCGUCUGUCUUUUAUAGGUGAACAUCGUUCACAUCGCACAAUUGAUUUAAUGACACAUGCUUAACACGUUGGUAUUUAUAAUUUUCCUAGGUUACCAGUAAAUUUUUGGAAGAGGUUCUUUAAUGAAAAUCCCUUUUAUUCUUGUUUUGCUUUUUUUACAGGGUGUUCAUAAGAAUGGAAGCACUGUUUCCUUGCCAAAUUCCUUAUUGCUAUAUCUUAUGAACCUACAUAAUCUUGAGGAAGAGCCUGUGCUUAAUGAUGACAAGCCUGUCACCAGUGUAGCAACAACAGUCUAAGGGCAAAAACGAACAAAAAUAAAGAAGCAUUUAUAUUCAACAAGGAAGUCAUUUCAGUCAACAACUUGUGCUGCAUUAUUUUUCCAAGAUGAACCGAUACACAACCAUGAGACAGCUGGGGGACGGCACUUAUGGGAGUGUGCUGAUGGGCAAGAGUAUCGAAUCAGGGGAGCUGGUGGCCAUCAAAAGAAUGAAGAGAAAGUUCUAUUCUUGGGAUGAAUGUAUGAACUUGAGAGAAGUUAAGUCUCUGAAGAAACUUAAUCAUGCCAAUGUGAUUAAACUGAAAGAAGUUAUCAGAGAAAAUGACCAUCUUUAUUUUAUAUUUGAAUAUAUGAAAGAAAACCUCUAUCAAUUAAUGAAAGACAGAAACAAGUUGUUCCCUGAGUCGGUCAUCAGAAAUAUUAUGUAUCAAAUAUUGCAAGGGCUGGCAUUUAUCCAUAAACAUGGCUUUUUUCAUAGGGAUAUGAAACCAGAAAACUUGCUUUGUAUGGGCCCAGAACUUGUGAAAAUUGCCGACUUUGGACUGGCAAGAGAAUUAAGGUCACAGCCACCGUAUACUGAUUAUGUAUCCACCAGAUGGUAUCGUGCUCCUGAAGUUUUAUUAAGAUCUUCAGUUUAUAGCUCUCCCAUUGACAUGUGGGCUGUUGGGAGUAUAAUGGCUGAAAUAUACACGUUAAGACCACUUUUCCCAGGGACAAGUGAGGUCGAUGAAAUCUUUAAGAUUUGCCAAGUUUUAGGGACUCCCAAAAAAAGUGACUGGCCGGAAGGGUACCAGCUUGCAUCCUCUAUGAAUUUCCGCUUUCCCCAGUGUGUUCCUAUAAACUUAAAAACUCUUAUUCCCAAUGCCAGUAGUGAAGCUAUUCAGCUUAUGACUGAAAUGUUGAGUUGGAAUCCAAAGAAACGACCAACAGCAAGCCAGGCAUUGAAACACCCAUAUUUUCAAGUCGGUCAAGUAUUAGGCCCUUCCUCACAUCAUCUGGAACCGAAACAGACUUUAAAUAAGCACGUGCAACCACUAGAGUCAAAGCCACCUGUAGUUGAUCUAGAACCUAAGCCUCUGCCAGACAUAAGUGACCAGACUGCCGGACAGCCCCAGCCGAAAAACAGCCACCAGCCGCUGCAGUCCAUCCAGCCGCCACAGAACACGGGUGUCCAGCAACCGCCCAAGCAGCAGAAUCAACAGAAACAGCCGCCAACGCUAUUUCCAAGUAUCGUCAAAAACGUGCCAACCAAGCCAAAUGGCACUCUGGGCCAUAAAGGUGCCAGGAGGCGUUGGGGUCAGCCUGUGUUCAAGGUUGAAGACGGCUGGGAAGAGUUUGAGGAAUGUGACUUCGGGGUCUCCCAUUCCAAGAAGCCAAGCAUGCGCGUUUUCAAAGAAACGAGGAAAACGGAUUCUCCAUCUUGGCUUCCAGAGUCAGUACCUGCAGGCCCCAACCACUCAACAGAGGAAAACAAGAACUUACCCCCUGCUAUUUCCCUAAAAUCUGAUUCUGAAUUGUCAACUGGUUCAACAGCUAAACAGUACUAUUUGAAACAAUCAAGAUACCUUCCAGGUGUAAACCCCAAGAACGUGUCCUUGACAGCCAGUGGGAAGGAUACGAACCCAUACACCUGGAAUAGCCAGCUAUUUCCUAAGUCGCUGGGACCCACGGGGGCAGAACUUGCUUUCAAAGGGAGUAAUGCAGAAGAAAGCAUAAUUAAACCAAUUGAAAAACUAUCAUGCAAUGAAAGUUUUCCUGAAAAAUUACAGGACUCACAAGGAAAUCUUGGAAGUUAUGCUACUUACAAUCAGUCAGGAUAUAUUCCUUCCUUUCUCAAAAAAGAAGUGGGGUCAGCUGGCCAGAGGAUACACUUAGCACCACUCGGUGCGGCAGCUUCAGAAUAUCCCUGGAACACAAAAACGGGUCAGGGGCAGUUUUCAGGACCUACUUAUAAUCCUACAGCCAAGAAUCUAAAUAUUGUGAACCGCGCACAGCCAGUCUCCUCCGUGCACGGGAGGACAGACUGGGUGGCCAAAUACGGAGGCCACCGAUAGGAGUCUGGUGUGAAGUCCCACAGCAUCGCUCCAGAGUCUGCGCAAGUCCCCUGACCCCGGGAAAUGUCUACAGAUGUCUACUUCUACUGAGUUCUGGAAGAAAUAUGUAAUAGUGGGUACUCUGAAGAGCAAAACUCAUCUCCUAUUUUCUUCCUUUCCUAGAAAUGAAAUGCAUUUUCUGAGCGUCAUUGCCCACAGCGCUGAUAUAUGGGUAGGACUUUACUAAGUAUUGAAUAAACUAUUUGCCAAAGUGUCAAGUAUUUGAUAUACAAAUAGAUACUAAGUACAAUAAGAAGCUUUUUUUAAAAAAAUGCCUCCAGAAAUAAGUGUUCAGAGUGUUUUAUAUUUGCCCAAACUAUUUAAUAUUUCAUUGUUUAGCCUCAGAGGUUUGUUUUGUUUUGGGCUUUUAUAGCAAUUACAUAGAUGUCUGUGGACUGUCAGUUACGGUUCUUAUUUGGCCAAGGUUCUACUCUACCAUUUUGGCAAUGGCAGAAAGAUGGUAAUUUAUCAUUUUUCUACUUUGGAAUUAUGGAAGCAAUGAUAAUUCUAAUCUGAAGCAGGACAUCUUUCUUAGAAAUAAGUAUUUCUUUAACAUAGAGAUGUCAAAAUCACAUCACCUGAUUUUAGUGAAGAAAGAGUCGAUUGUUCGAUUUUGAUCAAUACAACUGCUAUGAAUUCGUGGUGACUACCAAACCCAAUGGCUUGAUGACUUCCAAAUUAACCAAGUCAAGGUUCUGUCAUCUUCACAUCAAGUGUGUUCAUCAGACUUUCAAAAUACAUUUGUUUCCAUAUUCCCACGAGGCACAAAGAUGAAGUAUACCAGCUCGUUCCGCAAAGCAAACUCUUGCUGCUGCUGCAGACAGAUCAGACUCAGCUCUGACCUUCACACCUGCUCUGAAGAGCAAAUGCAUUCAGUUGCUAUCGCAGUGAUUUCACUUACUACAUGUUUUCUUAGUUUUAUUUCUAAAUUGGUAGUUAAAAUAGACAUUUUGAACUUAGGACUACUCUAUUCGAGCCUGUCAUUUUACGAACUCGAUAUUCUUUUUAAAGAAUAAUGUUAUCAAACUGCUCACUUUUUAUGUAUUUUAUGACUUUGUAACAAAUGCUAAUGUAAUUGGUAUCAUCUUGUGGACAUUAUACAAAGGCAUAGUAAGAACAUGGUAUUUUUGUACAGAAGAUUCAGCUCACCUUCUUGAAAAAUGUUAAAAUCUAAAGAGUAAUUUAUGUUAGUGGUAAUGGUUAUAUAUAUAUUUGUACAGUUUUAAUUAAUGUCUCAAAGCAAAAAUAUUCUUUUGUGUUGCUGGGAAACUUUUAAACUCCAAAUAGAUAUUAAAAUUAAUAUGGUUAACUAGUGUGUUUUCCUUACAUUGUUAAACUUUAUACUUAUACUCUGAGGCCUUUUUUUGUUGUUAAUUAGUCAACUGUUUUUUUUUCUUAGCAGUUUUAAGUUUACGGAAAAUCUGAUUGGAAAGUACAGAGUUUCCACAUACUCCCUAAUCUCCCCGCUCCUCAAUUUUCCCUAUUAUAAAUAUCUUGCAUUAGUGUGGUACAUUGGUCACAACUGAUGAACCAGUAUUGAUUCAUCGUUAUUAAUUAAAGGCCAUAGAUUACAUUAGGGUUCACGCUCUGUGUUGUACAUUCUGUGGGUUUUGACAACAUGUAUAAAGACAUGUAUCCACCAAUACAGUAUCAUACAAAAUAGUUUCACUGCCCUAAAGAUCCUCUGUGCUCUACCCAUUCAUCCCUC